CAUUCGAAUUGAAUUAUCGAACCCCCGUAUCUGCCAAAAACUCCUCUACCACUCGCUCUGCUUCAAUGGCGUCUUUGCUCGAUUCCGUCACCGUGACCCGCGUGUUCUCUCUGCCGAUCGCGGCUUCGAUUUCAUCUGCUUCAGCUGUUCCGUCCGUUUCUGGACGCCGGAUUUCUCCCGCCAGGCUACCGGAAUUCAGAGGUUUGAGGGCUUCGCGGAGUUUGGUGGUGACUCAGUCGGCGAGUCUGGGUGCGAAUCGUAAAUCCAGAUUCGCUCGUGGUGGAAGAAUCGCCUGCGAGGCUCAGGACACCACUGCUGCCGUCGAAGUACCAAACCUGUCGGAUUCAGAAUGGCAAACACAGGUCCUCGAAUCAGAUGUCCCAGUUCUGGUCGAGUUUUGGGCGCCCUGGUGUGGACCGUGCCGUAUGAUUCACCCCAUAGUUGACCAACUGGCCAAAGAUUUCGCAGGGAAGUUCAAAUUCUACAAAAUCAACACCGACGAGAGCCCAAACACAGCGAACCGUUACGGGAUAAGAAGCGUUCCGACCGUGAUCAUCUUCAAAGACGGUGAGAAGAAAGACAGUAUCAUUGGAGCUGUGCCUAGAGACACACUGGAGAAAACUAUAGAAAGAUUCUUGGUCGAGUAAACAACAACAACAACAAAAUUCGACUCUAUCUAUUGUCACUCUCUUUACCUUAUCUUCUCUGUUGUAAUCUUUUGUAAAGUCUUUUUGAGUUUUUGACUAUUAUUAAUGUUAUCGUGGGUCCAUUA